UAGUCAGGUAGGGGAAGGAGGAGCAUGUGAGCUGUCUGACAGGUUUGGCUGGUCUGUUGCUCCCUUCCAUUCUGUCUCUGCAGUAGAAUUCUGCAGUUUGUAUCCUCUGUGGCCUGCUGAGCUGUGGAGAGGCCUAGAGUUCUGUUGGGGACCUGUAAGAUUUUACUUCCAUUCUAAAGUAGGAGUGUGUGAGGGAGAGGAGGAGCGACAUCGAUGAAGAGAUAAAGGACAUGCAGGACUUUAGGGCACCAGGGUUCAAGUGACAUCCUUAUGGGAACUGGAAGAAGACGGAAUCAUAUCAGCCACAAACAAAAUCCUGUCAGCUUUUGGAGACAUAAUAAUUUUGACUUUGGAUGGCCAAAAAAGCAGGAUAAAGACAGGAGUCAAGGACAAAAAAGCCAACCUGUGCUACCUCCCAACCCCACCUCCAGCAUGCCUGUGGAGACACUACAGCCUGGCCUGAGACAGCCGGUGGCAGUGAGGGCUGCUGCUGCUGGAACGCCCAACCGCCUUCUCAUGCCCAACCGCCGCCUCCUCCAGCCAAGAACAUUGGAAGCAGCUGAGCCCAGGCAGAGUGCAGUGGAGAGACUGGCAGUAGACAAGGCUAAAUAUGUCAAGAACCAGGUGGCCCUCUUUAAGCAACAGCCAAUCAAAGUGCCUCCACCUAUCAUGCGCAAGCCUCUGAUGUCCCCUGCCCCCGCCCUGCGGCCCACCCGUAAGGCCCAACUGCCUCGCCCUGACUACACCCAGCAAAGGAGUUCCCCACUGGACCUGGAGCACCUGAGUAACCUGAUCAACGGGGUGGGUGAGGCUGAAACUCCCCCUACCUCCCCAACCAUGGACCCAGUGGAGAGUAGUCAGGCCCCUGAAUGCCCCACUACCAACUCUCCCUGCCCCUCUCCAAUCUCUGCUGGAGCUGGGUCAGGGGCUGCUGAGAGUAUCCAGACCCUCUGUCCUGAGUGGUCCACUCCAGUCAAAGUUAGGGUAAAUUCCUCUGGCCCACUAAGUCCUACAUGGUCUCCUACUGCAGUGACCAUACGUAGAGUGGACAUCAUACCCCACCACACCACACCAGUGAGGAUGCCCCUUAGAGCACAGCAGCAGAUGCGCGUCCCAUUGCAGCCCAUGGCUCUGCAUCCACACACCCAGAUCCACAACACUAUGUCACCUCUGCGUCUCUUCCACCGAACUACCUAUGCACCAGGCCCUGCGUCUCCUAAACCUGUCCCAGCCCCUCCACCACAAAAUCACACCCCAACCCCCACCUCCCCGUCUAGCCCCGUCCAUCUCCCAGCCAACCCCCCCGUACUCCCGCCCUCCCCGUCGGUCACCUGCCUAUCGUCCGGCAGCUCCAGGAAACGUCCCUCUCUGAACCGCUCCAAAUCCGACAUGAGUGACCGUUACUCCCGGGCCAGUACUGAGCUGGAGCGCUUCUUCAACCUGUGUGGUUUGGACACUUUGGAGAUGCAGGUGCUGAAGGGGCCAGGCUCAGACAUCGCCUCCCUUGCACAGUUCCGCAGUGCCAGCGCUCCUGGGUCAGAGUGUGCAGGCCAGGAGGGUGAAGAGGAAGGUGGGGCUGCAGAGCCGGCACCCUAUGGCGUCUCAGUAAUUGAGAGGAACGCCAGAGUUAUCAAGUGGCUUUAUGGUAUCCGCACAUCCAAGGAUAGUGCCAGGAGCACCAACAUGUAGGGCCAUGAGAGACUGAUGUAAAUAGAGGCAGGGGAGAAAAACAUGGAGGUGCACUUUAAACACAAUUCCUGUACAGAGAAAAAAGCAGGAGAAGUGUGACUGCCGGUAUAAACCAACUAAUGAAAAUGAAAGGAAGGGACUGACCUGGACUAAUAGUGAAGGACACUGUCUGUCAAUGCAGUUUGAUAGUGUUGGACAUCAUUUGUGCAAAUUAUUUAUUGCAUGGUACUUGGUACCAACACCCGUUUCAUCCAGGGCAAAGCAGCAGUGUUUGGUGAAUGACGCUUCUAUUGAUGAUGUGGAUCCUCUGUACCUCAUCUCCCAUCAGUCAUCAAGGAGGCUCAGGAAAGGCCUGACGUCCAAGGCUAUUCACCUUCCUCCAGCCAUUAUCAUUGGUAGUUCCAUGGUGAAGCACAUCUUAGUAGCUGGAGCUAAAACCCUGUGCUACCUGGGGGCUACGGUGAAUGAUAUCACAGGAUUUAUUUUGUCUAUCCUACAUCAGCAGCCAAGAGCUGCUGCUGUUGUAGUGCAUGUGGGAUCAAAUGAUAUCAAAAAUGGUAAAUCAGAGAUAAUGAAACAGGAUUUUAUUGAGCUGAUCAACACCCUAAAAGGCUCUGGUUCAGCAGGCUUUUAGCACUUCAUAUCUGGCUUAAAGUCUACUGCCAUUCUGUUGGCAUAACUUUUAUUGACAAUUUUUUACACUUUUUGGAAACAAAAGAUGCUAUACAGGGAUGAUGGACCCAAACCAUCUACGGUAGGAGCCCGGACUCUCUCGUCACAUUUUAAAGCUGUGUUAAGAUAUUGACUCAGAGACAGACCAAGCCCCACUCAGGUAAUACCGCCCAUCCUCUCUAAGCGUUAUCUUCGUACUGUUGUCUAUACUGCCAGGGAGGUUGUCAAUUGUAAUUUUGUACCCAUUCGAUUUAAUUCCACUCUUAGAUCUGCUAUUGUUAGCUCAAAAGGGGAGCCCACUGUGGUCUGCUCACCCAGUGCUUAAAGUUCAAAUGUGAAUUCCAUAAACUUGAAACCCCCUCGGGGGCUUGGGCUGUUGCACGAUAGCAACCAAAGCCCAUGUAAGUCAGUUUAUAACAUUCCAUCAUUGGUUACUCUGAGAGUUCCUCAUAUUGACAUUGGCUGCAGCCUCAGGCCCUAUGAUGCUAACCUUGGAAAAGUAAUUCCAAUUUCUUCUCCUUCCUCUUUACUAAUAGGGAUAGACUAAUGGUCUAGUUCUAUGCAAUCUUAUAGCCAAACCAACUAAAUCAAUAUCAACCAUCAGACAGGGUCCACAACCGCCUAUUGAACAUACAGUAGCUUGUUUGAGUUGGAAUUUCCAUGUGACUUCAGAAAUCGUAAAGGACUUGGGUUGAUGCAUCUGAACAUUAGGCGCUUACUUCCUGAACUGAAUUACAUUAAGAUCUGGGCUAUGCAAAUGAAUUCGGACAUUCUGGUAUUGACUGAAACUUUCUUGACAUUCUCGACUCUGAUAUUAAUAUUGAGGGUUAUCAUGAGUUCAGAGCUGACAGACAGGAUAGAGGUGAAAUCCAUUUCCCUUACCAAAAUGUUUUAGAUACUAUCUUUAAGUCAUUCAUAAAAAUAGAUGAUGCUUGGGUCAAGGCCAGGAACACAGGUUGUGAAAAAACAAAUAGAUGAUUAUGUAACCACUCUCUGAUUGUAAGAACCCUGCCAAAUUCUGGAAAACUGCAGCGCCUAUCAUAGCUCGCUCAAUACCCCACAUGUUUUAUUUAACAUUGUUAUUGGGAAAUAAUCAAAAAUGAUAGAAAUCUGUUAUUGUGCUACCACUCCAUAAUGGUGGGGAUAGUAACAUUAGUGAUCUUAAUCAUUAUCAGCCCGUUUCAAGGCUUCCUUGUCUCUUUGAGAUUCUUGAAUCCUUGGUAAAUGUACAACUUUGCUCUUUUAUCUGAGAAAUGUAUUUUGAAUGUAAACCAGUCAGAGUUUAGACCUGGGCAUGACAGUAUUACUCCAAUCACUUCAGUUGUUAAUGAUCUUGUCAAUGUUUCAGACACUAAAAUGAAAUGUGCUGCUUGUUUGUGGACCUGUCCAAAGCUUUUGAUACUGUUGAUCAUGCUAUUUUAUUGAAUAAGUUGUGACGCCUGUUUAUGGUUUCAUGAUUAUUUUAGUGAAAGAACAGAAAUUUCUUGAAGUGCAUAAAUGUGUACCACGGUUCGAUUUUGGAACCUGUUCGCUUCACUGUUUAUAUUAACACCAUUGGUCAAUCUGUUUAUGUGGAUGAUACUAAACUCGGGGAAAAAAAGAAACGUCCCUUUUUCAGGACACUGUCUUUCAAAGAUAAUUCGUAAAAAUCCAAAUAACUUCACAGAUCUUCAUUGUAAAGGGUUUAAACACUGUUUCUCAUGCUUGUUCAAUGAACCAUAAACAAUGAAUGAACAUGCACCUGUGGAACGGUCAUUCAGACACUAAAUGCUUACAGACAGUAGGCAAUUAAGGUCACAGUUAUGAAAACUUAGGACACUAAAGAGGCCUUUCUACUGACUCUGAAAAACACAUUCACGCAGAUGCCCAGGGUCCCUGCUCAUCUGCGUGAAUGUGCCUUAGGCAUGCUGCAAGGAGGCAUGAGGACUGCAGAUGUGGCCAGGGCAAUAAAUUGCAAUUUCCAUACUGGGAGACGCCUAAAACGGCGCUACAGGGAGACAGGACGGACAGCUGAUCAUCCUCACAGUGGCAGACCACGUGUAACAACACCUGCACAGGAUCGGUACAUCCGAACAUCACACCUGCUGGAUAGGUACAGGAUGGCAACAAUAACUGCUCGAGUUACACCAGGAAUGCACAAUCCCUCCAUCAGUGCUUACACUGUCUGCAAUAGGCUGAGAGAGGCUGGACUGAGGGCUUGUAGGCCUGUUGUAAGGCAGGUCCUUACCAGACAUCACUGGCUACAACGUUGCCUAUGGGCACAAACCCACCGACGCUGGACCAGACAGGACUGGCAAAAAGUGCUCUUCACUGACGAGUCGCGGUUUUGUCUCUCCAGGGGUGAUGGUUGAAUUCGCGUUUAUCGAUGAAGGAAUGAGCGUUAUACCAAGGCCUGUACUCUGGAGCGGGAUCGAUUUGGAGGUGCGUCAUGGUCUGGGGCGGUGUGUCACAGCAUCAUCGGACUGAGCUUGUUGUCAUUGCAGGCAAUCUCAACGCUGUGCAUUACAGGUAAGACAUCCUCCUCCCUCAUGUGGCACCCUUCCUGCAGGCUCAUCCUGACAUGACCCUCCUGCAUGACAAUGCCACCAGCCAUACUGCUCGUUCUGUGCGUGAUUCCCUGCAAGACAGGAAGGUCAGUGUUCUGCCAUGGCCAGCGAAGAACCCGGAUCUCAAUCUCAUUGAGCACGUCUGGGACCUGUUGGGUGAGGGCUAGGGCCAUCCCCUGUUUGUCAAAUGUCUGUGGAACUUGUUCAGUUUAUGUCUGUUGUUGAAUCUUGUUAUGUUCAUACAAACAUUUACACAUGUUAAGUUUGCUGAAAAUAAACACAGUUGACAGUGA